AUGUCCGACGAAGGAUAUAUCAAUUCUUCAACAUUAUACAAAGAUAAUGAGGAGUGGAAGGAUAUUACACCAAUUUAUCCGAGCAAAGAAGAACAAUCGGCUGUGAAAAUCGCCGCAUCGCAAGAUUGUUAGUUUUAAUUGAUUUUUCUGAAAUAUCAUAAAAUAUUUGCAGUCAUCGAUGUUUUUGCAUACUUCCGAGCGAUUCUGAUCAUCAAGGAGAAAUCGGAGAGAGUUUUGAAAUUGUUGGAGGAUUGUGUUCGAUUGAACCCAGCUAACUAUACAGUAUGGUGAGUUAUUUUUUGUAAAGUAACGGGAAACUAACCAGGAAAAUGGCAGUUUUGUCCAGAGAUGCAAUGUUUCUCUUUUCGAAAAUGCAAGAAUUUUGCAAUAGUAUUUACCCGUUCAAUUUUUUUAGUUCACGCUAUAAAAUUAUUUCAUCACACGAAAAACGUGAAUUGCAAUUUUGCAUUUCUAAAAAUAAUGAUGAGUCCCUUUUGACGAUGUAUUUAUAGGCAAUAUCGUCGAGAAGUGUUGAAAGAACUCAAUUCUGAUCUCAACGCAGAGAUGAAAUAUCUUGAUGGAAUUAUCGAAGAAACUCCAAAAAAUUAUCAAGUUUGGCAUCAUCGAAGAGUAAUUGUUGAAUGGCUUGGUGAAAAUUCAGCUCCUUACGAACUCGAUUUCACAUGUGAUAUAAUUCAAGAUGAAAACAAGAAUUAUCAUGCUUGGCAACAUCGUCAAUGGGUUAUUCGAACAUUCAAAGAUAAUUUAAAUCUGUUGGAUUCCGAAAUGUCAUUCUCUCUUCGUCUUCUUUUAGAAGAUCCACGAAACAAUUCAGCAUACAAUUAUCGCUAUUUUUUGUUGACAAUUUUUGACAAAACUGAAGAUAAAGAGACGAUUGAUAUUGAAAUCAAUUUGGCAAAACGAUUUAUUGAAGGAAUGCCAAAUAAUGAAAGUGCAUGGAAUUAUUUGACUGGAUUAUUAUUGUCAAAUGGAAUAUUGUCUGAUACUGGAGUUGUGAAGUUUGUUGAAGAUUUGUAUGAAAGAACCGAAGAAACAAAAAGAAGCUCAUUUUUGGUACAUUUUUAUUUUAUCAUUUUCUGAAAACAAAACUAUCUAAUUUUUAGCUUGCCUUUAUUGCUGAUAUAAUGCUUGAAAAAAUUGAUCAACAAAUCGAAGCUGUCGAAUCUGCUGAAAGAGCCAAACAGGUGAUUGCACUAUUUUUCUUCUUCAAAAACGAUCAAUGAAUUUUUUCAGCUUUACACAGAUUUGAUCAGCUUGGAUCCAGUCCGCCAUAAUUAUUGGAAACACCAAAAAUUGUUGGUUGAUCAAAUGUUGAACAAAACUACUUAUACAACAAAAAUGGUCUAA